UCAAAAUCAACACUUCAUCCAAAACCCUGUCCCUCUCUUCUUCCUCCAAAACCACAAACCUUCUCAAUAUUCCCUGAAAACAAUCUCAUACUUCACUUGUCUUUGUAUUAAACACAUACUUCUUCUUUUCUCUCUGCUACAAUGGCAGUAGCAGAGUUUAUUCCUUCUUCUUCAUUUACAAAUAAGACCAAUGUUUACUCAUCACAGUUUUCUUAUGUAUCAACUCAGAUUUCCCAGAAGCGCCGCUUCAGUCUUAGACCUCUACCAAGAAGCCAUUAUUCUCAAAUUUGUUGCUCCGUAACGUCGAAAGAAGUUCAAGCGCCAACAGUAGUACAAACUGAUGAUCCAAAGAAGAAACCAGAGUGCUAUGGAGUUUUUUGUCUCACUUAUGAUCUCAAGGCUGAAGAAGAGACGAAGUCGUGGAAGAAAAUGAUAACUGUUUCUGUGUCUGGUGCUGCUGGCAUGAUUGCUAAUCAUCUUCUUUUCAAACUUGCAUCUGGUGAGGUUUUUGGACCAGAUCAGCCUAUUGCAUUAAGGUUAUUGGGGUCCGAGCGCUCCAUCCAAGCGCUCGAAGGAGUUGCUAUGGAACUAGAAGACUCUUUGUAUCCUUUGCUUAGGGAAGUGAAUAUCGGUACAGAUCCCUACGAGGUUUUCCAGGAUGCAGAAUGGGCACUUCUUAUCGGAGCAAAGCCUCGAGGUCCUGGUAUGGAACGAGCUGGUUUAUUGGAUAUAAAUGGUCAAAUCUUCGCGGAGCAGGGGAAAGCUCUCAAUGAUGUUGCAUCGCGUAAUGUCAAGGUGAUAGUAGUUGGGAACCCUUGUAAUACCAAUGCAUUGAUUUGUUUGAAAAAUGCUCCAAACAUACCUGCAAAGAACUUCCAUGCUUUGACUAGGUUAGAUGAAAAUAGAGCCAAAUGCCAGCUGGCUCUAAAAGCUGGAGUCUUCUAUGAUAAAGUAUCUAAUGUUACCAUAUGGGGCAACCACUCAACUACUCAGGUUCCAGAUUUUUUAAAUGCUAAAAUUAAUGGAUUGCCAGUUAAAGAGGUGAUUAAAGACACUAAAUGGUUAGAGGAAGAGUUCACUGAAAAAGUCCAAAAGAGAGGUGGUGUACUUAUUCAGAAAUGGGGAAGAUCUUCAGCUGCAUCAACUGCUGUGUCAAUUGUUGAUGCAAUAAGGUCGCUCGUCACUCCUACGCCUGAAGGCGAUUGGUUUUCUACCGGAGUGUAUACCAGUGGAAAUCCUUAUGGGAUAGCAGAGGAUAUAGUUUUCAGCAUGCCUUGUAGAUCAAAAGGAGAUGGUGACUAUGAACUAGUAAAGGAAGUAAUUUUUGACGACUACCUUUGGAGCCGAAUAAAGAAGUCAGAAGAUGAGUUGCUCGCGGAGAAAAGAUGUGUAGCUCACCUUACAGGAGAGGGUAUCGCUGUCUGUGAUCUGCCAGGGGAUACAAUGCUUCCAGGAGAAAUGUGAAACCACUAAGCAAAACAUUUUGAAUAUUAUCAGAUUAUAUGAAGAGCUUUGCAUAGACAAGAUAAUACUAGUGUUUACCAACGUCAAUGUUGUUUGUAAUUUAUUAUACUAUUGAUGUGCAGUCCAAUAGAUUUGGAUGACUAGGGAAUAAUGAAUGAGACAAUUUGAAAAAGUGCCCUCCUAAAGGCAAGAAAUUUGGCUACUGCUGAGAGUAGUUAUCUUUUUAUGCACAAGUUCCUCUAUGUAUCUUAUUUUAUUUGCUUGAAGUUAAAAACUUUGCCUCAGAAAGUUCUUGUUUA